AUGCUUCUGCUUUACGAAUAUGAUGUUUUCUGGGCAUUUCUGAUAGUCUCAAGUGUUAUUCCUAUUUUGGCAUUUUUCAUUUCCGGAGUUUUAGCCCCGAUUAGCAAAGGGCCAGAAAAACUUUCGAGUUAUGAAUCGGGAAUAGAACCGAUGGGAGAUGCUUGGUUACAAUUUAGAAUCCGUUAUUAUAUGUUUGCUCUAGUUUUUGUUGUUUUUGAUGUUGAAACAGUUUUUCUUUAUCCAUGGGCAAUGAGUUUCGAUGUAUUGGGAGUGUCCGUAUUUAUAGAAGCUUUAAUUUUCGUGCUUAUCCUAGUUGUUGGUUCAAUUUAUGCAUGGCGAAAAGGGGCAUUGGAAUGGUCUUAG